AUGUCAAAGCUUGAUUACACAGACCCAACUUUAGAUUUCUAUAAUUUUAAUGAUGAAGCUCAUAUUUGUAAAGGCUUCACAAUACAAACUAUUUCUAAUUAUCCUAUCAUUGAAAAAGAUGGUGUAAAACAUAGGGACGGUGAUCCUGUUGCUGACGCAUAUGGGUUUUAUAGGUGUCGUAAUUUUCUUAUUUAUUCUGUUAAUGAUGGAUGUGGAUGGGGAGUAGAACCUAGUUAUGUUGCUAGAGUAGCAUCAGCAACAUUUGUAUUAUUUAUGAAGAAUGAAUUAGAAAAGGAUGUAUUUAGAACAACAGAAGAAAUACAAGAAUUAUGUAGAAUUGGUUUAGCUUUAGCACAUCAAACAAUUAUUCAACUCGAAUUACCAGAAGGAAAAAUUGGAGGAACAUGUACAACAUGUUGUGGAGUUAUAGUACCAAUUAUUGAUAAUGAAGAAUUAAAGAAAAAAGGAAUAAGUUCUAAUCAAUUUGAAGGUGUUCAUCAAGAAGGAUCAAAAGUACAACAAGAGGUAAAAGAAUAUUUUAAAAGUAUAACAUUAAAAAGUAAAGUUCUAGAGAAGUAUCAAUUAAUUGGUUUAAGUGUUGGAGAUUGUAAAACAUUUUUUAUAAAGAAUAAACAAAAUGAAUGGAUAACAGAAGAUUUAACAUAUGGAAGUAGAUUACAUGCCAUUGGAUCAAAUGAUCCAGGAGGAAGAAUUGGUAUUCAGGGAACAAAUAAAAGGAUGGAUAUUAGAAAUGCAAUGAUUUAUCAUAAAAUUCUAAAUUGGAAUGAUAUUAUUAUGGUUUGUUCAGAUGGAAUCCAUGAUAAUCUUGAACCACAGACAAGAGGAUUUAGUCCUAAUGAAGUUCAACCAGAAUUAGGAGAUGUUAAAUGGUUUAAAUUAAAGAAAGAACAAUUAGAAGAAAUUAAUAGAAGUUAUUCAUUAAAAUUUAUUUCUGAAGUUGCUUCACAUGCUGUAAGUGUUCAUCAAUUUCAUAAAAUGAUGAUGGAUGCAAUUAUUGGAGUUAUUGUUGAUAGAAAAAAAUAUAUGGAAGAUCACCCAGAUAGUGCAGUACCAAAUGUAUUAACUGGUAAAUUAGAUCAUGCUACUUUGUUACUUGCACGACCAACAUUUUAA